CUCUCUGGCGGGCUUUGUUUCGGUGUGGCGGAACACUUCGAAAUCUCGAAAUUCCCAUUCGUUGUCUUCACAACGAAAAUACCCCGAAUACGUGUACUUGUCGCAUGUAAACAACCCUGUCUGGAGAGUACUUUCAUGUCAUCUCCAGCUGGGUUACAGGCUCAGCAGUGCCAAACAAACUUCCUCGCCCGAUGGAUGCCAAGCAUCUCUCGUGCCGGGGUUAUCCUGGACCACUCCCUAGACCUGGCUGAGUCUCUUCGAUAUAGCUCUGUCUGGGGAUCCCGGGACGUGGACGAUUCCUUCGCUAAUCUAUUCCUUUGCCUCAGUGUAAAUUCCCUCGUCCAUGAUGCUGAGUCUGGGACAGAAUUGAACAAACAGAACCAGCGACCUGGGGAUAGGACUUUGUCUGAAAGACAGUUUGCUGGACUGCAGGCAGCGGCGUCUCAAGGGUUGACGUUACAUGGAGAGAUGGAGAAGUUGGUAAAGCAGUCUCAGGACCUACCCCUGAUACUCAAACUUGAACAGCUGAGGCAGUGUCAGCAGCACAUGCAGGAGCAACUGAAAGCCCACCAGCUGGAGGAGCUGGUCCAUCUCCAGGAGGAGCAAAAGAGGCUACUGGGCAUGGUGCAUGUGGCUCAACAGGAUGGAGCAGAUUACAUAGAGACCUCCAGGUUGACGGGAGCAGACUGGAGAGAGGGCACUCUAUUGGGGGACGCCCCCCUCUCUCAAAGUUCCCCAACAGCCCAGAGCUUCCCUAUAGGCCCCCCACAAGGGCCUGCGUCUUCCCAGCUUUGGAGACAGGGGCCUACCUUCCAACAGCCUCCAAGGGGCCAGGAGCAGGAGGGAGAGGAUCAGGACCAAACACUGGUUUGGAAAAGGACAGAAGCAUGGAGCAGUCCACACAAACAUCAGCUGAGUGGGAAUGCUGAUCAUAUGGGUGAUAAUGAGGAGAUGGAAGAAGUCAUGUUAUCCCCCCAUUCUGCUCCCUCUAUGACUGAAGAAUGCAAAGCAUACAGAGGAGAUGACAGUGAACUAGACUCACAGGACAGACCCAUUAAACAAGGAAUAGAGGGGCAGAAGCAGACGUUUGAGGAGCUCCUGGAGGAAGAGCUGAGACUGGAGGAGCAGAGACUGAAGACCACCCAGCAGCAGCAGAGCCCAGAGGCAGUUGAGGGUGCCAUUCCCAAAAGGGUCUUCCUGAGGCGAGGGGAGGGCCUCUCCAGAUUCACCAAUAGAAGCAAAGCCCCAUUACCCAACAGACAGAGACCCCAAAAAGACCCCAAACCCCAGGGGACCUCAGAACCCAAGCCCACCCAGAGGGUCAGUCAGUGGCCUCCCAUACAGCGCAAGACUGCUGUGCUCAACAAGGUGAAUAGACCCAGAGAUCCCUGCUCACCCCCCCUGGACAGUGGCAGUCCAGACAGCAAGGCAGCGCAGCCAGAGGCAGUGAGACCCGGAGUCCUGAGCAGUCACCACAGACAGAACAUGGCGACACCUGACCUUCUGAGACCUAGGGAUGUGAUUAGUAACAAGGAGAAGCUGCAGCGCUGGGACUGUGACCGUCACAAGGAGUGUGUGGAGCUGGGAGAGUUUGAGCUGCUGGAGCAGGCAUCCGAGGAGCUCUCUUUCUCCUCCAACUCAUCCUUCGUCAUGAAGGUGCUGCAGCUGGACCAGCAACACCCCCUCCAUGGCAGCUGGGGGCGCCACCCGCUAAGCCUGUCCUCCACUCCAAUCAAAUCCCCCAAACCCUCGCCAACUAAAGGUAUUCACAGCAGAGGCACCAGUAAAAGUGGCCUAGGAACAGGGAGCAGCUCCUCUGAAUCAUCAGGAGUAUCUGCUGUGAGGGCAAAGGAGGUUGUGAUGAGGGAGAAAGGAAAAGCCACUGAGGAGGAAGAUGAAAUGAGUGACCGCAAACAACAUGAGGAAAUCUGUAUCUCGUUCCACAGCAGCUCUGAAUUCGGGGAUCAGGAGAAAGUAGCCCGACCGCCGUACCAAACUAUAUUUCCCAGCAACCCCUGGGAAAACACGCUCCCCACAUCCAACCCUCCAUAUGACAAGAGGUCAUAUCAGGACAGAGAGGGGGGCUCAGGCCAGGCAGAGGGGGGCAGGGAGAGUGACCUUGAUGACUCCACCCUAUUGGAGGACAGAGAAGAGGGGGACCGCAAGGGUCGGUUGGUGUUUGAUGACGAUGACACCUGGAAUGACCUGGAGGAGGCUGGCAGAAUCGUUGAGGACCCCAUCAGAACAAAAGGCGCUGCUACAGGAAACAGCCACACUCUCACAAUAACAGGGAACGACGUCUCACCGCCAGAGAGGACGCUGAAGAGAAAGGUGGCUGUGGCCAAAGGGGCCGAGCUGGAGAGGGUGUCAAUUAUCACAGCAGCCAACCAGGAGCCAGAUCCUCCUCCCGCCUCCCAGCUUAUGGCCAGGCUGUUCCCCUCGCUGAAGCCCAAGACCCAGGCCCCUCCUCCACCAGAGCCUAGGAAGUCUGAGAACGAACCAGGCCAGCAGCAGCAGUCCAGGCAGCUGAGGGAGAGGAGACUGGAGAACGAGAAUAACCAGGAAUAUCUCAGGAAGGAGAGGGCAGAGUUUGAGCAGCAGAAGGCUGAGGAGCUGGCCAGAUUUGAAGAGUUCAAGAGGGAGGAGACUAAGAAGCUGCAGAAGGAACGCAAGGUGUUUGAGAAGCACACCGCCGCCGCCAGGGCCAUACCAGACAAGAGGGAGCGCGACGAGAUCCAGGCCCUGAGGCAGCAGCUGAGUUCCCUACACAAGAAGCUGAAGUGGAGAGAGAGCCGCUGGUCCACCACACACAGCCGUCUCCGACAACAGAUAGACUCCCUGAGCUCAGACAACAGUGCCCUGAGAGACGAGGUCCGCACCCUGGAGAAACUACGCCUCAGCACCUGGAGGAAGACUGGGACAGACAGCGACAGAGAGGAAGACAGGCGGGAGAAUGAGAGAGAGAGGGAGGGGCCCAGGCCAUUCGACAGCAACAUUGCUCUUGGAGCCAGGGGCCUCAAAUCAGCAAGUCCUGACACAGUGAGGAGCAGCCUACCACAGAGCAGUAGCUCCUCUAGAGGCAGUGCUGCUAUUGAAGACGGUAUCAGGGGCAUCCUAAAGAGGUCAGCCCCUACACCAGCCGCAGCACCCGAUCCCACUCACAGUUACAGCUCAGACGAACAACCAUAUUUGACCAGGAGCCACGACCACUCAUACAACCUAUCCCCUAGGGCUCCAGGUCUGCAGACUGAGUCCACAGAGGUCAAUGAGCAGCAAGAGCUAAGUCAGGAUGUCAUCAUUCACCCUGAUGGAAAGAUGGAGAGGGUGCUGGCCUGUGGAGGGAGACUCAUCAUCUUUCCCAAUGGGACCAGGAAGGAGGUGUUAGCGGACGGACUGACAGCCAAAGUCACCUUCUUCAACAGGGACGUCAAGCAGAUUAUGGCCGACCAGAGAGUGAUCUACUACUAUGCUGAUGCCCAGACCACUCACACCACCUAUCCUGACGGCAUCGAGGUUCUGCAGUUCCCCAACAACCAGACUGAGAAGCAUUUCCCUGAUGGCCGUAAGGAGAUCACGUACCCUGAACAGACAGUUAAGAACCUGUAUCCAGAUGGGACRGAGGAGUGUACACUCACUGAUGGGACCAUCAUACAAGUUAACCUGGAUGGCAGUAAGGAGAUCCGGUUCAACACAGGCCAGAAGGAGGUCCACACAGCAGACUAUGAAAGGAGGGAGUACCCAGAUGGCACUUUGAAGACAGUCUAUACAGAUGGCAGACAGGAGACCCGCUACACCACCGGACGCCUCAGAGUCAAAGACAAGGACGGCAACGUUGUCAUGGACAACAGGCCCUAGGACUGUUUACGCUAAGGCUGAAUCACAGUUGAACAUUUGUGUUUCGAGAAGUUUUUUGUUUAAUGUGGUGCGAGUGUGUUUUAUUUGUAAAUGCCUAUUUAUUUUAGCUGAUUGUAAUUUAUUUUGUAAAAUAAAUGGUUAUCAAAUCCCUGUG